AUGGCGGCUGUGGGGCGGCUUGUGCCUGAGGCUCGGUCUCUCUCUGUGCUCUUCUUGCUCCUCCUCCGCGUUGCCGCGGGCCCCGCGUGGAGCUGGGGCCAGCACGGGAGAGUUCUGCUGCGGGAAGUGCAGGCGCUCACUCUCCACAGAGGGCAGUACACGACAGCCCGGCGGACAGCUGCAGUCCCUCAGUUGCAAUGCACAGGAGGCACUGCUGGAUGCUCCCAGAUCCCGGAGGUUGUUCAGUGUUACAACAAGGGUUGGGAUGGUUAUGAUGUACAGUGGCAGUGCAAAGCAGACCUGAAAAAUACCCACCGGUUUGGACGGAUCGAAGUGAGCUGUGAAGGCUAUGAUUACCCGGAUGAUCCUUACAUCUUAAAGGGCUCCUGUAGUUUGCUGUUCAGGCUAGAGCUGACUGAGGAAGGUGAAAGGAAAGUGAAGAACCCUGGAAGCUUUAGCUAUUAUGAGUCAAGGAAGGAUUCUUCUGAUUCAGGUGGUGGAGCAAUUCUUGUAGUUGUUCUCCUGGCUCUUGCUUUUGGAGUAUACAAGUUCUUCCUUAGCAAUGAGCAGCCUGAGCAAAGUUCUGGUGAUGGUGAUGGAUUCACUACGCCUUCCUGGCAGAGUCAUCCGGCACCUCCUCCUCCUGGUUUUAAAUCCAGCUUCACAGAUGAUAACAGCUUUGGGGCCCAUUCCUAUCAUGGAACCAAUUCAGGACCAGGAUUUUGGACUGGAUUAGGAGCGGGAGGCUUGCUAGGCUACUUGGCUGGCAGUCACAGAGCACGGCCACAUUCCCCAUACUACAAUAUGUGGACAGAUCACACAGCUGCGCCUCCAAUGAAUGGGCAGCCAAGCAAUGCCACACAAGGUAGUUCAGGAAGAAGAACUGCUUCUGGGUUUGGGGGCACAAAACGAAGAUGAGGUCCUUGACGUUAUUACAACUGAGUGAUUGAACUAAUCUCCCUGUGUACUAGUACUUUUUUAUUAGUAGUAGGCUUCAGAAGUGGAUAUGAAGAAAGGUGUGAAGGACUAGAGUUCUAAGAAUUCCUUACUUCCCCAUCGAAAUGUUUAGGGUAUUCCAGGUGUACAGUGCAUGAGGGAUUGUGGCACUGGUAGCCUUGCCAGAUCCAGAAAGGCAAGCAGCUUACUCAUGUUCUGGGCUUAAUUUCAUUUAAUCCAGAAUUUCUGAGGUUUUUUUCUCUUUCUUAGUGGUCCAGCAUCUGAAAGCCUAAUGUGUGAUGCACCUGAUAUCUGAGGUGCUCUCUGAAACUACUC